CCGUUUUCGGGGGCAGUAUUUAUAUGCACACUGGGAAAAAUGGAAAUUAGCAACGUUUAUCGUUUCAUUCACACUAUUACUGUACUUUUCGACUGAAUGUCGGUCGCAUCCACUAGCAGGCCGACUACCUGAAUGGCAGAGCGCACAAAAGUUCCUGAUGAAGGUGUGUAGGUAAUACUUUAACAGCCCUGGAAGACAACAUGUCUGAAGAGGCAAUUUCAGAAAGUGACCUGGAGGGCAGCAUUGACAGCGAAGAGGAGUGUAUGGAAAAUGAGGAGGAGGAGGAGGAUGAUGAUGAAGACCUGGAGGAAGACGAGGAGGAAAAUGAUGGAGAUGACGAAGACGAUGGACUGGAGCGACCUGCAAGUGCCGAGAGUCAAGGCGAUGGGGAUGGCAGGGACUCCAACUCAACUACCUCUGGAGAGCCUUCCUCAGAGCCUCCUUCCCGGCCGUCCUCCAGACCCGCCUCUCGAUCUCAGCCUCCUACCAGCGCGGGGAACUCGAGCGAGAGCAAAGCCGCGCCUAGAAAAACAAAGAAGGACAAAGCUUCUAAAUUAACAAAAUCACUCAAAUCUUCAAAAAGCUCCAAACCUCCAAAACCAGCCAAGCCAGCUCACAUGAGGAAGAACAUUAGAAAGCUCCUGCAAGAGGACCAGCUUGAGGCUGGAACUAAAGCAGCUCAGCUGGAGGAGAUGGAGAGGCGGAAACGACUGGAGCAGCAGAGGAAAGACUUUCCUACUCCGGCCCCAUCUCUCGCGGACGCUCAACUGGUGGAGACGGCAGCUUUAUUAGCAGAAGUAUCUCAGUUGGUUCCUGCUCUCCAGGGUAAACAGGAUGUGAUCUGUCUGGAUAGUAGUGGUGAGGAAGAUGAAAAAGCGGAUAUAAAUUUGCCCGCCCUCGCCAUUGGAGAUGAUAUAAUUGAGCUCAGUUCGGGGGACGAAGACACUCUGCAGAUAAGCAGCGAGUCAGCUGACGAGGAAGCCGAUGCCGCCCACGGUUCGGAAGAGAGCAGCGGCGCUCACAUAAACGACGCGCUGAACUUGCCUGAUGCCCAGGGUCGAGUCCUGGUGAACAUCAACCACCCUCCAGAGGAGAAAGAUGUUUACCUCGCCCCACAGCUGGCCCGAGCUGUUAAACCUCACCAAAUUGGGGGAAUCCGGUUUCUCUAUGAUAACCUGAUCGAGUCUUUGGACCGGUACAAGACCAGCAGUGGUUUUGGUUGCAUCCUCGCUCACAGCAUGGGCUUGGGCAAAACUCUGCAGGUCAUUUCCUUCAUCGACAUCCUUUUGAGGAACACAGAGGCCCACACUGUUCUGGCUAUCGUCCCUGUGAACACGCUCCAGAACUGGCUGACAGAGUUUAACCUCUGGCUCCCACCCCAGGAAGCACUUCCUCCUGACACAGACCCUACGUUCGUCACUGGCCGCGCGUUCAAAGUUCACAUUCUCAAUGACGAGCACAAAACCACGGUGGCCAGGGCCAAGGUUGUGGAAGAGUGGUCCAGAGACGGAGGUGUGUUGUUGAUGGGCUAUGAGAUGUACCGCCUGUUGUCCAUGAAGAAGAGCUUUGUGAUGGGAAAGAAGAGGAAAACAAAAAAACCAGCUGGGCCGGUUAUUAUUGACCUGGAUGAAGAGGACAGGCAGCAAGAGCUCAUGAAAGGGAUUGAAAAGUCAAUAUCACGGCCCGGUCCUGACGUGGUGAUCUGCGACGAGGGCCACCGCAUUAAGAAUUACCACGCCAGCACGUCGCAGGCCUUGAAGAACAUCCGCUCAAGGCGCAGGGUGGUUCUGACGGGCUACCCGCUGCAGAACAACCUCAUAGAGUACUGGUGCAUGGUGGACUUUGUCAGGCCGGACUUUCUAGGCACGCGCCAGGAGUUCAGCAACAUGUUUGAGCGUCCCAUCUUGAACGGUCAGUGCGUGGACAGCACACCCCAAGAUGUCCGCUUGAUGCGCUAUCGCAGCCACGUGCUGCACAGCUUGUUGGAGGGCUUCGUUCAGAGGCGAGGUCAUGACGUGCUGAGACACCACCUGCCAAAUAAGGAGGAGUUUGUGAUCCUGGUGCGGCUCUCUCCCAUUCAGAAGGCACUGUACACAGAGUUCAUGAAGCGCUUUCGAGAGGCAGGGAACAGCGGCUGGCUCGGCCUUAACCCACUUAAAGCUUUUUGCGUCUGCUGCAAGAUCUGGAAUCACCCUGACGUCCUCUACGAAGCCCUGGAGAAGGAGAACCAGGCCAAUGAGCAGGAUCUGGACCUGGAUGACAUUACCUCGGCCAGUAACCCACGCUGCCCUGCUCCCAGUGCCGGCCUGAAGACCAAAGUGGCCGACUCAAGCAAAGGCAACAACAGCCUGCCGCCGCUCAAUCCGUCUCAAGAUAGAGCCAAUCAAGUCAUCACAUAUGAAUGGGCAAAAGACAUCAUGGCAAACUACCGGACGGGAGUUUUAGAAAACUCAGCUAAGAUUGUUCUGCUCUUCCACUUGAUUGAAGAAAGUGUCAGGAGAAGAGACAAGAUUUUGGUCUUUAGCCAAAGUUUGAACACUCUGACAGUCAUAGAGGAUUUCCUUUCAAAGAGACCAAUGCCCCCCGGCAUCGUCCCCAGCGACAGCCCAAACCAAAACUGGGUUCGCAACCUCAACUACUACAGACUGGACGGGAGUACAUCUGCAUCAGAGAGAGAACGUCUCAUCAAUCAGUUUAAUGACCCAGAGAACAAAUUAGCGUGGCUGUUCCUGCUUUCUACACGAGCGGGCUGUUUGGGGGUGAAUCUGAUCGGGGCCAGCCGUGUUGUCGUCUUUGACGCGUCAUGGAACCCGUGUCACGAUGCCCAGGCGGUGUGUCGCGUGUACCGCUACGGUCAGAGGAAGCCUUGCUACAUCUACCGCCUGGUCUGUGACUUCACCCUGGAGAAGAAGAUCUAUGACAGACAGGUCUCCAAACAGGGCAUGUCGGACCGGGUGGUCGAUGACUUGAACCCAGUCCUGAACUUCACCCGUAAAGAAGUUGAGUCAUUGCUGCACUUUGUAGAAGAGGAGCCUGAGGCUGAGAAGAUCUCACUGGAAUCGCAGAGAGAGUUGGAGUCGGUGAUAUAUCGAGCUUGUGAGCUUUACCCAAACCUCAUCACCAAGCCACCUUUCCACCAUGAGUCGCUGCUCAUGGACCGGAAGGAGUCAAAACUGACCAAAGCAGAGAAAAGAGCUGCAAAAAAGAGCUACGAGGACGAGAAGCGAGCCUCUGUACCGUACUCCCGCCCGUCGUAUGCGCCCUACUACCCCACAAGUGAACACUCGCUGGCGAGCAUCGCAGCAUUUAACCAACGCGGCUGGCGCCAUAUAACACGGCCAGAUGACAAGCCAGUUGCGAGCGUCAGGCCCAUCCAGUCGACCCCGAUCCCGAUGAUGCCUCGGCAGGUCGGCAUGGGAAUGGCCGGCUCCAGCUCUGCCGGCAGCCUUCCUCUCAACUUCCUGCAGAAAGCAGGUGUUUACGUGCAAAGGAUUGUCACCACAACGGACAUUGUAAUCCCAGGAGCAAACAGCUCUACUGACGUUCAGGCUCACAUCAGCGCAGGAGAGAGCAUCCACGUCAUUAGAGGAUCGAAAGGUACUUACAUCAGGACGAACGAUGGAAGGAUUUUUGCUAUUCGAUCUGGAAAGAUCAGCAGGCCGGCAGCUGGAGCGUCUGCUCCAUCUAGAGGAGACACCCAAGGCUCCCUGAUCCACUCGGUGAGCAACGGUUGCUCAUCUCCAGUCGACCAGUCGCGGCGCUCCCCCACCGCCGACCAGCGGCCCCCGUCUCCUCUGAGCUCCGAUUUCCUUCGAGAGCUCAGCCAUUACACGUCGUCUACAGGCAGCGUCACUGCCGGCAGGGCGAAUGAAUCGUCGUCGCUUCUGGAUUUGCCGUCUGCGACAGCUGGGGAAGAGGGAGGCUCUCAGACCAGCGAUCAGAGCCGACAACUCGCCAACGACCUGUUGAGUUCAGUCGCAGAGGCGCAGCGCGGCGGCAAACGGAAGCAUGACGGCAGCCAGGACAACACGCAGACGGGAGGAAAGCACACCUCGGUCACAGCUCAUUUUCCCGGAUUGUCGGUGAACUCUGGCGGGCUCAGUUUCCCACCGGUAGGUCUGAACCUGGGGAACCUGGGUCAUGUGAGUCAGCCGCUUCUAAUGCCUGGAGGAGGAUCUUCAUUCCUCCAAUCCUCGGGACAAACGCUGGCCGACCUGCAGUCCAUGUUCCCCUCGGUGAGCUCGGACCUCCUGAGGCAGCCGGCUGCGGGGAACGGGCACCUCCCUCACUCGUCCUCGGCAUUUUCUUCCGCCUCCUCCACCAUUCCCAUGUCGUCGACAGCAACCUCCUCCUCCCUCCCGUCUGGCACUUUGCCUCCGUACUUGAUGAACCCCAACAUGGCCGGCCUGCUUUCUUCAGGUUUUCCUCUCAGCUACAGUCAGCCACUGCUCUCCUCACCAAGAAUGUUCCCCGGCUCUUUGCUCUCGGGGUCGGGGGGCUUCUCCGUGCCCAACUCCAACUCUGCGACGUCCAGUUUUCUCUCUCAUUUUACCAACCCCACCUCCAGCCUCCUGGGUGCCGCGCUGACACAGCCGGACAGACACCCGAGCGCGGUGAAUGGCGGGGACAGCUCUGAUGAUGACGUCAUAGAGGUGACGGGACAGUAGGGCUUCAGAAAGUCCCACUACAGGUUUUUUUGUUGUUGUUUUUAAUCUGUUUCACAGUCAGAAAAUAAUCGAAAUACAUUAGAAAUGGGAAUUAUUACACAAAAACAAUAAAACUCAGAGGCAAAAGGCCUGAAAUAAUUCUGUGGUGAUUACAUCCAUCAUGGUUUGAAAGUGUUUUAAGAAUCCAAAUGUGACCAAGAAGAGGAAAUGUGAAACUCAGCUCUGAGUUUGCAUUUAAAAUGGAUUAAAUGUGAAUAAAUUAUUCCUCAGGCAUAGAGUUGGCUACUUCUGAGCCAGUUCUUUGUAAUAAGCAGGUCACAAAGGUUCUGUUUUACACGGUGCCUUGCAGACGUUUUCAUGCCCCUUACAGCCUUUCACAUUUUGUCAUGUACAAGUUACACACCUCAAUGUCUUUCAUUGCGAUUCUAUACAAUAGACACGUCCAUUUGCACAAUUGUGAAGUCAAAGGAAACUAAAACGUGAAUUUGUUUUUACAAAUAAAAAUCUUUUGACGUGU